GACUGCUGUGGUGGCAGAUAUCCGGACUGCCAUGGCACACCUGCGACAAGUUCUAGAGGCGAGGGAGACAGAGCUGGUGGGUCAAGCUGAGCAGACGGCACAGCAGAAACUGAAGACCUUGGCAGCACAGCGAGACGGGUUUGAACUGCAACUGGGCCAGCUGAGGAGCUGCCAGGACUUUGUGGAGGAGAGCCGACGUACUUGCAGCCAGGGGGAGAUUCUGAGGACGAAGAGUCCUCUCGUGAAACAAGUCAACGACCUGACAGGUAGCUUCAAGCCAGAGACAUUGGCUCUUGCCGAGCAAGCCGACAUGGUGUUUGCUCACAGUCUGCCUGAACUGGUGAAGACUUGCCAGCAGUUUGGUAAGGUGUACUGUCAUCCAGUGUGCCCUGAGAAUUGUCGAGCCUCAGGUGAAGGCAUCAAGGUAGCCACGAGAGGACAAACAGUAGCUCUCUCUGUAGAGGCUUUAGAUAUGAAAGGAGAAGCCUGCUUCAAACCUGUAGACAGCUUGAGGUGUGAGCUAGUUGCUUGCGAUGGCAGCAGUCUAGUCAGGGGCACUGUGAAGAGAAGAAAUCAGAACAUCUACGACAUCAGCUACCGACCUCAGGUCACUGGAGAACAUCAACUACACAUUCUAACGGAAGAGCACCCGAUCUUGAACAGUCCAUUCACUGUCACCGUUCUACCCAACUUCAGUGCCCCAGCCAACAUCAUUGGAGACCUCAAGUCGCCAUAUGGUAUAGCAGUUAGGGAGGGAGGUGAGGUUGUAGUAGUGGAACAGGAUAGUCACUGCAUAUCAAUCAUCAGUGGAAAUGGAGAUAAGAAAUCAUUUGGUACUCGUGGCUCAGGUCCUGGUCAGUUCGACUAUCCUGAAGGUGUAGCAAUAGACAAUGGAGGAAACAUUCUUGUGGCUGACUGUGGCAACCAUCGUAUUCAGCAGUUGUCAUCCACUUGCAAACAUCUCAGAACAGUCGGUACCCGGGGCAGUGGACCUCUUCAGUUCCGGAACCCAAAAGGCAUUACAGUUCAUCCUCACACUGGCAAGGUGUAUGUUGCUGACAGGAACAACCAUAGAAUUCAGGUUCUGAACUCUGACCUCACAUACUCCGGUAGUUUUGGUAGGAAGGGCUCUAACAAUGGAGAGUUCAGUUAUCCUUAUGAUGUAGCUACAGACAGAGAUGGCAAUGUGUAUGUAGCUGAUCAGUACAACCACAGAAUCCAGGUCUUCGCAGUCGAUGGAGUCUUCUUGAGGCAGUUUGGGAAGGAGAGAGAAGGAGAGGGAGAACUAAACGAACCAGUCAGUAUUGCUAUUGACUCUGGCAAUAUAGUGUAUGUUGGUGAACUGAGGAACAAUCAUAUAUCAAUAUUCUCUACUGAUGGAGAGUGUAUCAAGUCAUUUGGAAGAGAAGGUCCUGCGGAGUUUGAUGGUCCAUAUGGACUAGCAGUAGACAAGAAAGGAACACUGUAUGUCAGUGACUUUGGGAACUCUGAUCUCCACCUAAUAACACAACAACACAAACACCCACCUGUACUUCGGUUGUGCUUGUAUAUACAUAUUAUAUUGUGAUAGGUAUAAACUCUUUAAAAUCUAUUGACAAGUGGG